AUACAGUUUCAGUUUCUUUUGGCAGCUUCCAACUCCUAUUUCUACCAACCACCACCUCCCUCUCUCUCUCUCUCUCUCUCUCUCUCUCUCUCGUCUGAAUAUCCCCCUGCAAUUUUCCUUUGGCAAUACCUCGAAACCUUGUCAGAUAUACUCCCAUAUUUAUAGGAGUAUUAAUUACCAUAUACAUAUUAGUACUCAAUUAUGGGAUCAGAGGAAAACAAGAAAAUUGAAUCAGAAGCAACACCAUCAGUACCACAAGAGGCCUCUGCUAAUGAACAAAUCCCCAAAGACCCCCCUUCAGAGAACAUCCCUGAAGCUACUGUUGCAAAGGGUUCUGAUCCUGCUCCUCAGAAGAAACCAGGGGAUUCUAAUGACAGAGAUGCUGCUCUCACACGGGUGAUGACAGAGAAGAGAUUGGCUUUGAUCAAAGCAUGGGAAGAAAGUGAAAAGUCAAAAAAAGAAAACAAGGCACAUAGAAAGUUAUCUGAAAUUGGAUCAUGGGAGAAGAGCAGAAAAGCAAGUAUAGAAGCCGAACUAAAACAGAUCGAGGAACUAUUCGAGAAGAAGAAAGCAGAAUAUGCAGAGAGAAUGAACAACAAGAAGGCAGAAAUCCACAAGGAUGCCGAAGAGAAGAGAGCGAUGGUGGAGGCCAAGCGCGGUGAGGAGUUUGUCCAGAUAGAAGAGGCGGCUGCAAAACACCGCAGUACCGGUACUACACCAAAGAUAUUAUUUGGAUGCUGUGGCUUCUGAUUUCGUCAGGCUAAAACUAAACUGAGGAAACAAUGGAAAUUCGGAAGUUUUGUGUUUUGUUGCUAAGCAUUGUUUUGCUGCUUGUGAUGUGUAAUAUAUUUUGUAUACGUUUGAUUUGUAAGUCUAUUUUUUUUUCCAGUUACUUCCUCUUCUUGUUUGGAAUUGAAAAACACCACAAAAAGCGUUGUUUUAGACUCUACAUACUGUAUGUAGAAAGCCUAUUCUGUGUAGAGUACUUGCUAUCAGAUUUUUUCUUUCUUUC